ACCUGUGUUUCAGUACUCUUUCCUUUGGUUACGUAUAUAAUACGACUAUUUGUACUUGUACUGAGUAUUGCACCACAAAAACACCAAGGUUUAUUGGGAUUGUGCUGGAAAAUGUCAUCUGGUGGUCUACAUUGGUUCUCAUCUUGUGUUUUUAAAACCUUAAGAGAUUAAUGAUGUCGUGGUUAUGGAGCAUUUGGAUGAUUUGUUUAUUUUGCUUUAGCCUAAGUACUUCAGCUGAAGCUGCCAACCAAAUAAUUAUACGUCGAGGUUACUUGCUAUCGAGCUAUACUAUAUUCGACUUUUUUAAUUAUACAGCUAGCAUUUGUGGUAAAAAAAAAGACGUCCACAUAUGGUGCAAUGCAAAAAAUGCAGAACAGCCUUCUAGGCAUUCAUUAAAUCCCCCAUGGCCUAUGUGUUCUUGUCAGUGUCAACAUAAUUUUGAAACAUUUCUUUCAAAAGAAGAAAAAUGUGUGAACACUUCUUAUUUGAAAACUCAUGAGGAUUUUGGAAGUGGUACAUACAAAUUCAAUCCCCAAGCAGAUUUUACUAAAGCUAGUAGCAUUCAACUUAUUACACCUAGCACGACGAGAGUGUGUAAUAGUUGUAAGGUACAUGAAGCCAUGUACUUCAAGAAAAAUGGUUGGAAAAACACUGGCCAUGGAAUUAAAAUCAGAAUUAAUGUUGGAACAUGUACAUUGUUCUGGAAUUCAUCAUCUAAAGAACUAGUUGGCAAGUUAUUGAAAAUCCAGUUGAAGAACUGCAUUUAUCAUGAAUUAAACAAGUUAUUCUUUUUGAAAUCAAAAGGAAGCUAUGUCAUUGAUGUACCAAUACCACCACCAUCACCACCUCCUUCUUCUACUGUGGUUGCAACAAUUUCAUCUUCUAUGGAUUCUACUGAGACACCUACAUUUACUUCCUCUUCUACACCCACUGUUAUAACUACUCCAACUCCAGCUUCUACUGUGGCUGCAACCAUUUCAUCUUCUAUGGAUCCCACUGAGACACCUUCAUUUACUUCCUCUUCUACAUCCACUGUUACUCCAACUCCAGCUUCUACUGUGGCUGCAACCAUUUCAUCUUCUAUGGAUCCCACUGAGACACCUUCAUUUACUUCCUCUUCUACAUCCACUGUUACUCCAACUCCAGCUUUAAAAACAUCCACUCAUCAAGUACCAGAGUUUGUAACAACACCACAAGUGUCUCCUACAAAAACAUUUAUAGUAUCUUCACACGUAUGCAGCAGUGGUGAUAUUUGUCCAAGUUCAAGCUCAGUUGCAGUUUUUCUGCCUACAACAGCAAUUCAGUCACCCACUAAUAGAACUCUUGGUUAUCAGAAUUCUUUGGGAUCUUCAACUUGGGCUAUUAUAGCAGCAGUUGUUGCCUGUAUUCUGGUUGGCGGAAUCAUAGCACUUUUUGUUGUUUUGAGAAGACGCAGACGUGACAAUCGAAGGGCAAGAUUCUCCAAAGAUCCAGCCAAAGUGCCCACACCAGAUACUGAUAAUCCAAUGUACGGCCAUAACCGAGGAGAUGUGAUUUCACUGUCAAACCGACAAAGCGGCCACACACAGAAGGACGAAGAUGAGGAAUAUGAUUAUGCUACAGUGGAUGGUGUUCGCAGUGAUCAUCAAAAACCAUCCACACCAAUAUAUCAGAGUUUGAUCAAAGACAAUGUAGGAAGCUCAGUUUAUGACCCACUGAAUAAAGUAGCUACAACACCCAUGGRAUACUCGUAUAACCAUCUACAGCAUCCCCAAUACAACCCUGCUCGUUCCAAGAGUGACCCACUAUACAACACCUUAGAGAUACCAGACGAUGACGAAUAUCAGGAACCUGAAACACAAAUCAUUGACAACCCGACAGGAGUCUCAGAACCUGUGUACAAUGUGCUAGAGGGUCCAGAUGCUAAUUCAGCCCCACAUGAUGAUGACCCUGUAUACAAUGUACUGAAAGACCCAAAUACUAACCAAGAUAAUGACCCUGUAUAUAACGUUCUCGAGGGCCCUGAUGAUGAUUAUGAUAAUGCUCCAAUAGACGAUGAUCAAAAUAUUCCAGCAUCAGGACAAGAUAAUGUUACAUAUUCUUCCACCAUUGAUCUCAACAUACCACAAUCUCCGUCUUCUCCUGACUAUGACGUACUCGAGGACCCUGAAGGUGCGCUUCCGGAUUCGACGUACCAGCCCCUCAGUAUAAGGGUCCAGGAUGACGUGUAUCAAACAUUGGACAGAGCAUCACAGUCCAUUUAUCAGACACUUGAGCCAAAUGAUAGCAAGGCAUAGAUGAAAAGCAGAGAUACUACUAAAAGAUUGUGGAAGGAUGGCCAAGUACGAAACGAACUAUGCUGCAAGCAACUAACGAGAAUAGCAAUUAGAUGGCGUAUGUAACUAACAUAAGCUAACCCGAAUGCUAAAGCUUGAAAAGAUAACGGACUACACGUAAACAAACCUCUCGUCUUCCCAUCUCAAAUACAGAUGUGGCCGCUAACUAGAAGCUGAGAUGCAGUAUUCACUAAAAUACUGUACACCACAUCCCCACAGAGGGAGGAGAUAGGAUACGCCAGUAGGCACACGCUAGCAGCAACAGACACAGACAUCACAUUUGGCGCAGGAAGCUCGAUCUCAAGGGGUCAGUGUACGCUAACUAUGCCAGCCUCUUCCCAACUCUUUAUUCCUUAGAUUUC